AUGAAUCAGUUAUCAGAUGCUCCAAAAGUAAUCUUGGACUUAAAUCUUCGGAAAUACAAUCAGAAGUUUUCUGGAGAAAUCUUGGAAUCUGUGAACAUUUGCCAAGAGCAAGAAGAGCCAGAAGAAGAUAUUCCUUUGCCGAUCAGAACCGCGAGUCGACCCAGCCGGAGUGUUAUCUUCAAGUCUUUCCCGGAAAUCUUUUCCGGCAGAAGUUCAAAAGAUUUUUCAAGUCAAAGUCGAGAAGAUCUCAAAGCAACGAUUGAGUUGAUGCCAUCUCCACCCUCACCGAAGCCUGAUCAAGCCGAUCAUUCAAUGGGACAAUUGCCUCCAGAACAAGACUCAAAUUGGAUAAAUCCCUCAAAUCAAAUCAAUGAUAAAAUUGCUGAGCUCGACAAUGAAAUCAAGGAUUUUGCUGAUUAUUUAGAGCAACAAGUCGAGAAAAGUUGCACAGUUGAUGCGAUGACGAAACGAGUCGAGCAGUUGACUGAGAAACUUGGAGCAAAAAUCUUUCUCCCUCCCCGAGUCAAUCGACGGGAUCUCUACUUGCUCAAGGAUGUCAUGAUUACCUUAGAAAAAGAAUUGAAACGAAAAAGCUUCAUAAAAGUCUUUGUUGAGGCUAUGUUGACCUUUGACUUUUCGAAGUUUGAGAGAGAUCUUGAUCAGAUCUUCAAGAAACUCUGGCUUCUUUCUUCUCCAAAUUUCUUCGAUGCAGCACUUGAAUUCUCACAAAAUUAUCUUGAGAGCAUGAAAUCUGACACCGAUAAAGGUGAAGAAAAAGAAUUGGAAGAGAUUUACGUAACAAAGUGGAUGAAUUUCCUAAUCACAAAUCAGAGCGUUCAAGAGCACACCGCGAGCCUCAUCUUUCGAAGAGACUACAGAAAAUUUGAAGUGGAAAAA